CUGCUGACUGGCACAGAAGUUCAGUAUAGACUUAUUCUCCACAGUGAACACCACAGAGAGAUUAUCUGCACUAAACUACAAACAUUUUACCACAAGAGGAAAACACACUACUCCAACUGAGAAAACCUGAAGACAGAAAGCUCAGAAGAAGAGAAUAGAAAGAAAAACAAAGACAAAAUAAGUAAACCCAGUUCAUCUGAAGACUUCUGAACAGACAGAAUUCUGAAUCAAGUAACAUGGACAAAGAAGCAGAGAACAUGGACGGAAUCUCCAGCUCUUCUGCGUUCUCCAUAAACUCAGAGACGGCUGAGAUUACCAGCAUCCCUGUGUCAGGAAUCAUUGAUCAGACUGCUGCGGAUCUUGAUGAGCUGAUGUAUUGUGAUGACAUUUUAGACAACGAUGAGGUCACUUGCCCUUGCCCCCAUUCAACCAUCAGCGAGGAUAGUUGGUGUUCCUCUCUUGACUCAGACAUCUCAGAGAUGAUUACAUCAUUUGAUCAGAAUAUCGAUGUGGAGAUUAAAAAAGUAUGUCAAAGCUUCUUGAAUCCAGAGAACCUGGAGACAGAGGCAGAUGAUUUUGGAGAAAAAGAGGAAGUCCGGACCACCCAGACAGGAUCAACCUCCAGACUUUCCAACAGUUCAGAGGAGAGCGUGAGACCUGCAUCCUGUGCCUCUUCUUCCUCCACCAACACAGCCAUCACUAAGGCAGACAAAAUGCUUGUCUCCCACGUGAUUGAUAAGGCUGUCAAGACAUUGCAUUCCACCAAGGAUGUAAGGACACUGCAGUCCAAUGAAGCUCUCAACACACCGGAGGCCACUGAGCCUGUCAAUACACUGCAGCCCACCGAGGCUGUCAAGACACUGCAGUCCACUGAGCCUGUCAAGACACCGCAGUCCACUGAGCCUGUCAAGUCACUGCAGUCCACUGAGCCUGUCAAGACACGAGAUGCCACUGAGGCUGUCAAGACACCAGUGGCCACUGAGGCUGUCAAGACACUGCAGCCCACUGAGGCUGCCAAGACACUGCAGCCCACUGAGGCUGUCAAGUCACCGCAGUCCACUGAGCCUGUCAAGUCACUGCAGCCUACUGAGGCUGUACAGACACUGCAGCCCACUGAGGCUGUCAAUACACUGCAGUCCACUGAGGCUGUCAAGUCACUGCAGUCCAUUGAGCCUGUCAAGACACCAGAGACAACUGAGGCUGUCAAGACACCGCAGUCCACUGAGGCUGUCAAGACACUGGAGGCCACUGAGCCUGUCAAGACACCGCAGCCCACUGAGGCUGUCAAGUCACUGCAGUCCACUGAGCCUGUCAAGACACGAGAUGCCACUGAGGCUGUCAAGACACCAGUGGCCACUGAGGCUGUCAAGACACUGCAGCCCACUGAGGCUGCCAAGACACUGCAGCCCACUGAGGCUGUCAAGUCACCGCAGUCCACUGAGCCUGUCAAGUCACUGCAGCCUACUGAGGCUGUACAGACACUGCAGCCCACUGAGGCUGUCAAUACACUGCAGUCCACUGAGGCUGUCAAGUCACUGCAGUCCAUUGAGCCUGUCAAGACACCAGAGACAACUGAGGCUGUCAAGACACCGCAGUCCACUGAGGCUGUCAAGACACUGGAGGCCACUGAGCCUGUCAAGACACCAGAGGCCACUGAGCCUGUCAAGACACUGCAGCCCACCGAGGCUGUCAAGACACUGCAGUCCACUGAGGCUGUCAAGACAUCAGAGGCCACUGAGCCUGUCAAGACACUGCAGCCCACCGAGGCUGUCAAGACACCAGAUGCCACUAAGCCUGUCAAGACACCGGAGGCCACUGAGCCUGUCAAGACACUGCAGCCCACUGAGGCUGUCAAGACACCAGAGGCCACUGAGCCUGUCAAGACACCAGAGGCCACUGAGCCUGUCAAGACACUGCCAUCUCCAUCCUCCACCAGCUCAUUUCCACCAGCUGAUCAGGUGAAUGAGAUCCCUCAGUCACAGAGCCAACCGCUGGCCAAAACUGCAACGGAUUUCCAGGAGGCGAGAAGUUCCAAGAGUUGUCAGUCGAGAGAAUCUCAUGAUGGGGUUCCAUCAGAAAAUAAUGGAAAUCUUGCAGACUCCCAGGAGGACAAAGAAGCAGCAGCAGACUGCCAGCUUGUCCUGAAUUCUUCCAUCACUGCCUUAAUAAGGAGAUUUUUCCAGAGUCUCAGUAAAGAGCAAUGGAGGGAAGUAAGCGAAGGCGUUUACAAUCGGGAUGUGAAGGAGCAGCUGACUGACAUGUGCACAGAUGUGCUGAGGUUCAUCUCGGAGUCAGUUGCUAAGAAUGUCUUACAGGCCAUCCGUCAGGAUCAAGGUUCCACAUUUGGCACCUUGACCCUGAGGAGUCCCUUGUACUCAGCACCUCUCACUGAGUACUUAGGUAUCACUGAGUACAACAUGCAGAGAAGUUUGGAAAGUUCCUUCAGCCAGGCUCUCUGUGAUGUCGUUGGUGCGGACACCCCUGGAAGGAUUUCACCCAAAUUCACAGAGGCCAUAGCAGGUGAGGUCAUUGAUGAGGUCAACUCUGUCCUAUCAGUGGCCAUACAAGACUCUCUGGAUGGAGGAUCCUCCAGCAUCACUGCUGCUGCCAGCUGCCUGGUGUCAAAGGACAGAGCAGCCAAGAAGACUUUGGAGGGAGCUAUCACAACCAUGAAAUCCUUCCUCACAGGACGAGGCACUGCAAUUAGGAGGAGGAUUCAGGCAGACAAAGCUUUAAAUCAUGACACUAAAGAGGAGACACCGGCGGGUGGAUGUAAAGGCAAGAGGAAGAAGUCGCAGUGGAAGAGGUGUUUCAGUGGAUGGUGGAGGAGAAAGAUUCAGGCAGUUCCACUCGAACACUUGGAUGAGGCUGUCAGGUCAACCAGUGCUGUCUUGACAUCUAGGAGUACCAAAGAGAGCAAACAGGGCUCUCAUUGUUCUCAAGAGAUGCCCUCCACCACCUCCUCCAAUGCUGCUGUGGGAGCAGACCUUGGGUCCCCUCACCUAGAGUUGGUGGACUACCUGGAGGAUGAAGACGAGACACCAAAAAACAUCAGGAAUGGUGUUUCAUCUCUGUCUUCUACCAGCUUGAUUCCACCAGAACACCAUGUCACUUGGUCUAAAGUCCUCGAGGACCCACCCAUGGUUGAAGCUACGAAUGAUGAGUUCCAGGAAGAGAUGAGCAAUUCUUUAAUACAUCAGUCCAUUGACUCUGGUGACGAGGAUGAAGAAACCUUCAUCCAGAGCUUUGUGGACCAGUCUAAGCCUGACUCUGAGUGUCUCAGUAAUAACCAAGUUGAUGUUGCGGAGACCAAGACAAAGAAGAGCAACCGUGUCUUCCGCUUCUUCCACAAUAUCUUCUCAAAGAAUGAGAAGAAGGAGGAGAAAAAGAAGAAGGCUUCAACAAAGAAUCAGACCAAGCGGCUUUCUUUUUGGUUGCGGCUGUUGCGGCUUAACAAGUAAAGAUCAGGACCAGCUUCAGCAGCUGGCUUGAUAAUAUCUUCUCCCCAUCUCUCUUUCUCCUAACCCCCGCUUUUCUCGCCCCACACCUCU